AUGAUAAAUGAAAAAAAAUUUGCUCGAGCUGUUCUGUUUGAUACUGAACCUAAGGUUAUUAAAGAAGUGAAUUCAUAUUGCAGUUCUUGGUCCUACAGGCAUGAUGGUUACAAGAUUGAAAUGCAAGGUGCUGGUAACAAUUGGGCUAUGGGUUUUUUCACCCAUGGACCAGCAUUUGAAGAUGAUUGCUUAGAGAUAUUACAGAGAGAAAUUGAAAGAUGCGAUCAACUUCACGGGUUUCUUGCCUUUUCUUCUGUGGCUGGAGGAACUGGCAGUGGACUAGGCUCGUUUAUGUCCGAAAAAUUGAGGGAUCAUUAUCCAAAAAUUUCAUCUGCAAACAUUACUGUUUGGCCUUUUCAAAGAGGUGAUGUUUCUGUUCAAGCUUACAACUCUGUUUUGACUCUUGCUGCAUUACAAAAUUCGUCUGAUGCUGUAAUAAUGUUUGAAAAUGAUUGGCUUCUCAAGUUGUGUAGGCAGAAAAUGGCCCUUAGCCGUGCAUCCAUGCCUGAAUUAAAUACUGUGGCUUCUCAACAACUGGCUAAUCUUUUGCUGCCAGUAGAAAGCUGCAACAGCAUAUGUCCUAGAUUUAAUGAUCUGUUGGCCCAUUUGGUACCCCAUCCACAGUAUAAGUUACUUGGCUUGCGUGCUGUUCCCCAGGAACCUGUUGCUUCCCUUCCUUUUAGCGCUCAUACGUGGUCAGGUUUAUUGAGAUCUCUUCGUCGAAUGGUUUUGUAUGACAGUGUUAUAGAUGAAGUUUAUGGAAAAUGUGCCUCAACAUGUAAUGUCAACACUCGACUGCCAAUUUCUCUCUGUAAUCUCCUCGUUUUGCGGGGACGUGAUUCUAAAUCUGCAGACUGGAAUCUUCUUCACAAGCCGUCUCUCCCUUACACAUCAUGGGUGCCUAGUUCUUUCAGGUUAAAAACAUUGAUUAAUUGUAAUUCAUUUUUAAGUUAUGACAGGACAGCAGUUCUUGCAAACAAUGGUCAGUUAUCUAUUUGUUGUGUUGAUGUGGCGCUUAAAAAAGCCUGGAGUAUGUUUUACAGAAAAGCUUAUUUUCAUCACUAUGAGGACUUUGGUUUAAGCAAAGAUGAUUUUAAGUUAUCUAUUAGGAUUGUUCAUCAAAUAAUUUCUAGUUAUGAGACUUUAGCUAUCUAA